AUAAAUGAAGGCAGGUGAGAGGAAGGGAGCCGAGGGGCUGACCAGGAGUCGCCAGAGACGCACAACGAUGGACGGAGCAGUCGUCGGGAAACUCCCGUCGCCGCGAAAAGUUGUCCGGGAUCCGGCAAGUCCUACGGCCGUGGGGGAGCGGAGGGACCGCUUCCACGUUGUCCACAAGCUUCCGGCCGGGGAUGGACCUUACGUGCGUGCCAAGCACGUCCAGUUGGUUGAGAAAGACCCAGACGCAGCCAUAGUCCUGUUCUGGAAGGCUAUUAAUGCAGGGGACCGUGUCGACAGCGCUCUAAAAGACAUGGCUGUUGUGAUGAAGCAACAGGAUAGAGCAGAGGAAGCCAUUGAAGCUGUCAAAUCUUUCAGAAGCCGAUGCUCCAAGCAUGCUCAGGAGUCCCUUGACAACAUUCUCAUCGACCUCUACAAGAAAUGUGGGAGAGUAGAGGAACAGAUAGAGCUACUGAAGCAGAAGCUUCGUAUGAUCUACCAAGGAGAGGCAUUCAAUGGGAGGACCACGAAAACGGCUCGCUCACAUGGCAAGAAAUUUCAGGUCUCCAUCAAACAGGAGACUUCCAGAGUGCUGGGUAAUCUGGGGUGGGCAUACAUGCAGCAAACCAACUUCAUGGCGGCAGAACUGGUCUACAGAAAGGCCCAAGAGAUUGAUCCAGACUCCAACAAGGCAUGCAACCUAAGCGUCUGUCUCAUUAGGCAAGGUAGGUACGACGAAGCUGGAGCCAUUCUCCAUGAUGUGAAGAGUGGAAGAUACGGCGCGACGGAAGAUGACAAGUCGCUCCUACGGGCUGAAGAAUUGCUACAAGAAUUGGGAAGAUUAAGAGGGGAGAAUGUUCAUGGCAGCACCAACAGCGAAGAUGGGUUCGAUCAUCUUGAUGACAUCAUUCUUCGUGGGUUAGAUCUAGCCCCUGACUGGUCUCCAUCAAACUUGAAGCGGCUGCCCAUAUUCGAAGAGAUCCCCCUCGUAGAGAUCAGAUAGCUUUUGUAGAGUGUCGUCUAUAGCACUGUGAUCUGUAGCAUGGUUCUUGAGUGGGUUCUGUAAAUAGUAGUCCAAUAGGUGCUUGGGUUGUUAAAAUUAUAUAUUUUUUUUUAGUUCACAGGAGUUUGGGUUAAGGAAUAAGGUCCAAAUCCGUUUGCUCUGUGUACUGUCGUUGUCACCGUGGGAAGAGGUAUUGGCUUAGUCAAAUGAAAUGUUUGUCCAGUAAGUACCUGUUAGUCUCACGUGAACUAAUGUAUCGAAUUAGUGUGGCAAAUUAGAAAAAAGUAUGGGUUCGCUAUA